UGAACCACGUUAAAAUUUCACCUGCGUCUCUAUAUAGUUCGGGAGAAACACGAGAGUUGACAUUGAAAUUCUUUGAAACACUGACAUUUUUGCUGAAGAUUUUGGCGACAGAACAUUUUUUUGUGGAAAAUUCUUAUCAUAAGUUUUCUGCGAAUUCAAACGACAUAUUACUUCGGAUGUCAAGAAUUGCUGAAUUCUGUUGUACACACGUUUUCCACAAAGCGGGACGCUAUGUCUCCCUGAUGUGAUCUUUUCUAGUGAAGCAGAAAAUCUUCUGCACUCCUUUAAAAAAAAAACUUCCAGUACUUUAACAAGUUUGGGGGAAAUAGAUUAAAAUGCAAACGAAAACAUAAAUAAUUUUGUAUCCUGUAGUCUUGUAUGUACAAACUUAUUAGUUGUCUUAAUGGAGCUACAGGAAUCACCAUCUUUUCAUUUAAGAGUACAGAUCUUCUGCAAGGAGAGAUUUUAAAAUGAGGAUGAGCUGUAUUUAAGAAAUAUACAGGAUGUUGUUCCUUGACCAUGGACUGGUGUCUACUCUGCUCUCAAUAUUGUCGCUUUCAUGCGUAUUUUGCCUGUGUGGGGGGAAAAAGCAAGUUGAUUUUGAUUUACACAACCAUCUGCUGAAUCUCACGCGAUACAAUCCUGCCAUCAUCCCUACUUGCGGCAAAGAUGACAACGUGACAGUGAAAAUAGGAGUGGCUUUACGAGACAUAGUGGAGGUUGUUGAAAAGCAACAAAUAAUUCGGGUCAAAGUGUGGGUCCGUCUAAGAUGGAAAGACUGCAUGUUGCAAUGGGACCCGCUACUGUUUCAAAACAAGACCGAGUUGGUUGUUCCAUACUCCGAAAUAUGGAUACCUGAUAUAACCCUGUACGAAGGAAUUAGCGACGAGGAGAAUAUGCCGGGCAUGAGGGAUUACCGCGCUAGCAUCUCCUCCACCGGAAAUGUUAUGUAUAAUUUCCCAACAAUCUUGACAAUCACCUGUAGAAUAACUGUGACAUAUUUCCCGUUUGAUCACCAAGUAUGUAAAUUGAAGUUAGGUUCCUGGAUAUACAGUGGCAAAUACAUCGAUCUGGAAAACCUUUGGGAGAAAGUGGACGUUUCUAAUUUUCUAACACAUAAUGAAUGGGAUGUAGUGGAUACACUUGCAAAGAAAAACAACAUUUUCUACAUUUGUUGUCCCGAUCCCUAUCCUGAUAUCACCUUCCAUAUUCAUUUGAAAAGAAAGCCUAUUUUCUACACAAUUACAAUUAUUUUCCCGGGCUUUUUGAUUAACAUUUUAACCUUCAUGGGUUUUGUUUUGCCACCUUUUUCGGAAGAAAAGAUUACUUUGCAUAUAACGGUCCUGCUCUCCACAACAGUCUUUCUGUUACUUGUGCAAGACAAACUGCCGUCUUCUUCCGAAGGCUUCCCGUUCCUUGCCGCAUACUUUGCGGUAUCCAUGGGACUUGUGUGCAUUUCGUGCGUGUUUUCCGCCAUCGUCAUGUAUUUAUACUACCGAAUACCGGAAGAGCACCAUAUUCCUUGGCUGGUCCGUUAUAUCUUUCUGGACAAGCUGCGAGAGAUUCUCUGUGUCAAAGGAGAGAAGGCCCUAAAUGACGAGAGCGUUGUUCAGAUAACGGAUAUCCGUUCUGUUAAAACAGGAGAAAGUCUGUCACAAACUAAAUGUGUAGAGAUUCACAGCGGAAGUGAAUAUAGAAUAGAGCCUGGGCACUCAUUAUCAAUGGAGGGUGAAAUUCCAGAAUAUGCCGAGGACUCGAAUCAUCGACAUCAGUCUUGUGGUAACGAGAGGCACAUUACUAAUGAGUGGAAACUGUUUUCGAAUGUCUUGGACAGGUUUUUCAUGUCGGUCUACCUGUGUCUUACGAUAGCCAACAACGUCGUCUUCUUCUCAAUAAUAAACAAUUAUGAUGGAAAAGAUAUUCCUUUGAUAAACAAUACAGUGUUCUUCAACAUGAGACUUGUGCCUCUUCUGUUUUUAAUUUUUCAACUUUCUGCCGUAUUUUCUCCAUCUGAAGGAAAAAAGCAAAACCAAUUUGACUUAAAUGAUCAUCUGCUGGAUCAUUCUCGAUACAACCCCGACAUCAUCCCAAUUUGCAGUCAAUAUGACCGUGUGACAGUGAAAAUAGGAAUGGCUUUACGAGACAUUGUUGAAGUGAACGAAAAACUACAAAUGGUUCGCGUUAAAGUAUGGGUACGUCUUAAAUGGAAGGAUUGUAUGUUGCAAUGGGACCCGCUACUGUUUAAAAAUCAGACCGAGUUGGUCGUUCCAUACUCCAAAAUCUGGAUACCGGAUAUAACCCUGUACGAAGGGGUUAGCGACGAGGAGAAUAUGCCUGGUAUGAGAGAUUACCGCGCUAGCAUCUCCUCCACCGGAAAUGUCAUGUAUAUUUUCCCAAGUAUUUUAACCAUCACUUGCAGAAUUUCUGUAACUUAUUUUCCGUUCGAUCACCAGGUGUGUAAAUUGAAGUUUGGUUCCUGGAUAUACAGUGGCAAAUACAUCGAUCUGGAAAAGCUUUCGCACAAAGUGGACACAACCAAUUUCCUAACACAUAACGAGUGGGACGUAGUGGAUACAGCAGGAGUCAGACAUAACAUCUUUUACAGUUGUUGUCCUGACCCUUACCCUGAUAUUAGUUUCCAUGUUCACCUGAAAAGAAAACCGAUAUUUUACGUUAUAACUAUUAUUUUCCCUUGUUCCUUGAUAAACGUGUUAACCUUCAUGGGUUUCGUUUUGCCGCCGUUUUCUGGAGAGAAAAUUUCCCUGCAAAUAACGGUCCUGCUCUCCACAACAGUCUUUCUGUUGCUUGUGCAAGACAAACUGCCGUCUUCUUCCGAAGGCUUCCCGUUCCUCGCUGUGUACUUUGCCGUAUCCAUGGGACUCGUGUGCAUUUCGUGCGUGUUUUCCGCCAUCGUCAUGUUUCUGUAUUUCCGUUUACCGGAGGAGCACAAGAUUCCUUGGCUGCUCCGCUACAUAUUCUUGGACAAGCUGCGGGUGAUUCUUUGUGUCAAAGGAGGAGAAAUUUUAAAUGACGAGAAAGUUGUUCAGAUUACGGAUAUUCGUUCUCUGGAAAAUGGACAAAGCCUCCCUCAACAUAAAUGUGUGGAGAUUCACAGAGGAAGGAAAUCUCGGAAAGAUUCUAGCUUAACGUCUUCGAAGAAUGGCGAAAUUCCAGAAUAUGAUGAAAAAUCGAAAAAACAGCAACAGUCGGAAGUUAACAAGAGUCAUAUAACUGAUGAGUGGGAGUUGUUCGCGAAUAUCUUGGACAGGUUUUUUAUGUUGAUUUACUUGUGUCUAACGAUUGCCAACAGUGUUGUCUUCUUCUUGAUUAUGGACAAUUAUAACGGUCAGGACCUCCCUUUUUGAGUGAAAUUAGACACUUCAGAAAACUGUUCAUCUCGUGGAGAUUUUUAUAAUGUUCAAAUAAAUAUCGUUUUAUGUUGUUAUUUUCCAGAGAGUGUAUGCAUAUUUUUUUUUUAUCUUGAAAUGGAUUUUAUGAAACAGUU